AUGAGUGGGGACAACAUCACCAAGUUCAGCAUUUUCAUCCUGCUGGGCCUCCCCACAGCCGCCGGGCUGUAGUAUGCACUCUUCCUCCUCUUCCUGCUCAUCUACCUCUUUGUCCUGGUGGAGAACAUGGUCAUCAUCCUCACCGUGUGGAGCAGUGCCUCCCUCCACAGGCCCAUGUACUACUUUCUGGGCAUCAUGUCAACCAUAGAGAUCUGGUAUGUGUGUGACAUCUUCCCCAAGAUGCUGGACAGCUUCCUCCUGCAGUGCAAGUGCAUCUCUUUCGUGGGCUGCAUGACUCAGCUCUACUUCUUCAGCUCCAUGGUGUGCACCAAGUGUGUGCUCCUGGCCUCCAUGGCCUAUGACCACUACGUGGCCAUCUGCCACCCACUGUACUACCAAGUCAUCAUGACCACGGAGCUCUACAUGCAGCUAGUGGUCUUCUCCUUUGCCUGUGGCUUCACGAUCUCUGCCAUCAAGGUCUCCUUCAUCUCCAGCGCCACAUUCUGUGGUUCCAAUGUCUUGAACCACUUCUUCUGUGACAUUUCCCCCAUCCUCAAGCUGGCCUGCACAGAUUUCUCCACCACAGAGCUGGUGGACUUCAUCCUGGCCUUCCUCAUCCUGGUGUUCCCACUCCUGGCCACUGUCCUCUCCUACAGACACAUCGGCCUGGCUGUGCUUCACAUCCCCUCCACCACAGGCCACUGGAGAGCCUUCUCCACCUGCACCUCCCACCUCAUUGUAGUCACCAUCUUCUAUAUGACUUUGUUUUUCAUGUACAUCUGGCUGCAGGCCACUGAUACAUGGAGCUCCAACAAGCUCAUUUCUGCUGUGUACACCGUCCUCAUGCCCAUCUUGAACCCCCUGAUCUACUGCCUGAGGAACAGAGCAUUUAAGGACACCUUGAGAAAGGCUUUGGGCUUGGGUCAAGCACCACUGUAG